CCUCUCCCUUCGUCCCGCCCUUCCUUGGGAGAGGAAGUGACGUAUAGUCUAACUUCCCCUCCUCUUUGCUCUUCUCGCGACACUUGCAGCUCAGCUUCCUUUUCUUUUUUGCUGCGGCUUGCGAGAUGCCUUCCCGACUGAGGAAGACGCGGAAGCUCCGCGGGCACGUCAGUCAUGGCCACGGACGCAUCGGCAAGCACCGCAAGCACCCCGGAGGUCGCGGUAAUGCAGGAGGGCUGCACCAUCACCGAAUUAACUUCGACAAAUAUCACCCAGGUUACUUUGGGAAAGUGGGAAUGAGGCAUUACCACUUGAAGAAGAACCAAAGCUACUGCCCAACUGUCAACCUUGAUAAGCUGUGGACACUGGUCAGUGAGCAGACCAGGAUUAAUGCUGCCAAAAGCAAGGAGGGGCUUGCCCCAAUCAUUGAUGUUGUGCGCUCUGGUUACUACAAAGUCCUAGGAAAGGGGAAACUCCCCAAGCAGCCAGUCAUCGUGAAGGCAAAAUUCUUCAGCAGAAGAGCAGAGGAAAAAAUCAAGGGUGUUGGUGGAGCCUGUGUCCUUGUGGCAUAAAAAUCCAAUGUUAACCAAUAAAAUGUCGUUAUUAAA